GCAGAUUUCAAAAAACAUACUUUGAUGUGAGAGUGUUCAACCCGCUCGUCCCCUCCAACAGAAACCAGUCACAUGCAGCAAUAUACAGAAAACACGAACUGGAAAAGAAACGGGGGCAUAUCAGCAAAGAAUCCAGGAAGUUGAACACUCCUCUUUCACACCGUUAGUUUUCAACUUAUUGAGUUCUAUAGGAAAGUACCUGAUGGCAAUGAAGGUAAGAAUUCCCAGUUCAUUAUAAGAUUAAUAAUUCAUUAGUGAGUUCAUUAGUGAGCUCUCCUAUACCUUAAUUGUACAGAUGUUUCAGUUAUUUGAAUGUCUAAUAAAUUGAGAGAAUAUUUACAAGACAAAAAGUAACAGUGAUUGAAGCACACACUACAGUUGGUGUGGUGACAUACAAACAAUCACUGAUUAAGUUUAGGGCAAAAAGAAAGCCACUCUACAUGAGGUUGUAGCCCCCCCCCCCCGUCAGAGAAUUAGAUGCGUGUGGGCGAGAGCAUUAUCUUAUUCACUACUAUGAAUAUCAUUACAAACAUGCGACAUUAUCGUCAUUUAAGCAACCUCAACAAUUCAACAUAAUUAUGUACACACGCUUGAAAGUAAUUUCAAUAAUGACAAUAAUUACUAUCAAUGUGAUCGCUUCACAGGAUGCAUGUGGAGGACGGGAAAGUGCGGUCUCAUUUGGAGUGGCCUCUAAUUGUGACAUAUAAAAUGACAAUAAAGAAUUGUCUGUGUAUCAUUGGAAUAUUAUGUACAUGUAGGGAUCACAUGUAGUCAGUCUGCCCUAAGACCCUAGCCUCGUUCCCAGGCCUUACUUUUUCUUGCUGUUGUCACUGUUCAUCCAUAAACAUAAGAAAGACAUAGUGAGGCAGCAAAGAAAGAAAUGGGCGUACAGUUAAGAAAAAGUAAGGCCUGGUUUGGGAAAUCGCGUGAUCCACAAGGAUUUUUAUGAACGUGGGCGAUAUGUAGCCCACAAUCGUGACGUAAGGUAUUCUCCCACGCAUUCAGAGUUAAUUAAUAAAACUGUACUGAACAAUCACCAAGCUGUGCUGCAAGUCAGAUCAGAGAACCAGCGUGGCCAGCUCUGGUGGCAGUAGCUACCUGCUAUAUGAUAAUGAUGACUAAACUAUUCUACUAUAGCAUGUAGAAAGACACACGAAAAGGUAAUAGUCUGAUUAGAAUCUAAACACACAAUCUAGACUAGUAGAUCAUCUAGCUAAGCCUAAGGUAUAGCUAGCUAUAGUGCUUGCAAACUUCCAGUUCCAAGUCCAUGUCCAGCUUGCUGCAGGCAAAGUUUUAUUAGUCGUAGACCUCUGCGUGGGCAGUCCAACAUCUCUAGCUCAGUAUGCCCACGCUCAUUUUCACCCUUCUACCACCCUUCUACCCUCACGCGACUUCCCGAUACAGGCUCUCCUUUUUCCUAACUCUACGUCUAUUUCUUUCUUUAUUCCUCCAAUUAAUACCGUAUUUUAUCUCAUUAAACGAAUAAUACAGUAUUUUAUCUUAUUGAAAGAUUGUGAUAAAGAACAGAAAAAGGAGAGCCUGUGUAGAGGCUACUAAGACCCCAAAUGUUGUAAGACAGGAAGUGCUACAAGUUGCCUCAUGAAUAUAUUAAUGAGAACAUUUUUUCUUUGUUUCUGAUAAAAAUAAAGGUUUUUAGAGCUAUCUAAGUUGAAAUCUGUAAUAAGAAGACAGUUUAACAUACGAUAAACACUUUAAAUUAUGAAUUUGGGUCAAACUAGCAUGAAGUUGUGUAAAACGAUUGCGGAAAGUUCGAAUUUUUGAGCAAGCUGUUCACCAUUGACAUAGCAAGCUAAAAAUUGAUUGAACAAUUCUGAAUAACAACAUAUUCAAGGUAAAUGCCAUACAAAUGAAUAGUGUUUGCAAAGCAGUUACACAAACUUUGACAUAAAUACACAACUUGGCAAUAGCAUAGAACACAUCAUGAAUGACUUCAAGCCUUCUAGCUUGCUGCUAAGCAUGCACGUGCAUCAGAUGUACAAGUUGAUACUUUAGGCAGUCACUGGUUCCUUUCACAUCUGGAGAUAUGCAGCCAUGAGUUCCACCAACCACAGAGACUAUUCAGAAUGAGGUAUCUUUGAAUUUUUGCCAAGCUGUUCACACUAUCUCAAUCAGUCCAAACUUGCUGAGUCAAUACAUUCCAUAUUGAACUAAUUUGUCUCCUAGUAACAAGUUCUAGUUCAGUAAAUGGUCUGUGUUAUGAGCUUUGGAAAUUUAGAAAAAAUCACCCUUCACUACAAUCUGGCAGAGUUGUAGGUAGGCCCUGGCAAAUUAUGCCAGCAUAAUUUGGGGCAUAUAGGUUAGGUCAUUAUGCUGGCAUAAUUAGGGCAUAAUAGGGUUAAAAUUUUGAAUUUGGUCAAUUUGGUACAAAUACAACAGUCCUCUACUGUUGCUGAACGUGUUUUUUCUCUUUUAAAUGACUCUUUCACGUCUAGAAGAUUAUGUUGAAUCUUCAGUUAUGUUACAAAUGUACAAUACAACAAAAAAUAAUUUUUUGGCUACUACUACUGCUGAAAAAAGGACGUCAAUGUGGGGCAUAAUGGGUUCUUUCGACAAGCGUAAUAGGCUGAAUUUGGGGCAGUGCUCAAAAGCAUAAUAGGCAGAAAAAGGAGCAUAAUUUGCCAGGGCCUAGUUGUAGGGUGUCAUCAUUAUGAAUCUUAUUAAAACAAUGUUUUUGUGAUGUCAUCCUUGUGAAACCAUUAAAAUACUUGUGGUAUGUAUUUCCUGUCUUGUCUGAAAAGUUGUGGGUCUUAGGGCAGACUGAGUGGGGCAAAUUCAUAAGAUGUUGGCAAGUUUCCUGUAAUGUGAGGAUGUCACCCUGCAUGCCAGAGAUCUCUUUUAAAAAACAACCCCUGGGUAACUCCCUGGGAAUCUCCCUGGGAAUUUUCCCUUGCCAUUUCAUGUAUUCUUCCAGCAUAAAUACAGGGACUUGCAUGUCAAAACAUAAAUACAAAGUACAACUGGAUGGACUUUCUCUACAAUAUAUUUCAACUAAGAAUCAAUUCAUCUGUCAAGCAAAGCAGUAGACAUGAGAGGCUACUUCAGCUACAUUAUUGUGCUGGCAGUCUUGCAGUCAGCAAAAGCUGUUACGUUCAAUGCUCAGAAUCUGAGGUUGAAGCAGUCUCCACCAGGACCUACACUAGUGCUCGAGGGACCAAAGACAAAAGUUACACUUCGUGUCUCUUCGAACGAGUCUCUAUUCGAAACACUUUACUUAAAAGUUAAACUCGGAAAAAUCAUAAUCCGGGCAAAUACAAUAAACUCAAAUCUCACAGUGAUCUACAACAGCUGCACAGACAGCGACGACCCUCAAUGGAGGUGCAAAGAAGUCCAAAUCACUCUUAGACAGACGAAGGGAGGGGAAGAAUUUGGAUUAUUUCAGCAAAUGUCCUUUGAUCUGUACCGUACAACUAGGUUUAAGUUAGUUUACUAUCUCACUACGAUUGAACUGACUCAAUAUUCACCAACAACUCUCAGUACCACUACUAUGGUAACCACAAGUGAGGACACUACCAGCAUCAACUCUGAACAGCCAGGAAGCAACACCGAACCACUCAGAUUGUCAGGUCCUGCCACUGUAGGGAUCAUUGUUGCGUUGUCGCUGGUGAUCGUGUUCUUAAUCGGCGUUCUUGUGUUAGUGCUGUUGUGCGUGUGCUGUCGAAAGGCUGAAGGAGGAGAGCCCUAGCUAUCGAUUUGGUUGGAUUGCCACCAUCGGAAUAAGCAACUUGAUAACCCCUUCAAUAUAACAUCGUUGAGCGAUAGUGAGACUGAGAGAUUAAUUUCGGGACUGAGUUGAGAACAGAACGAAGCCCACAAGCAGUGAAGUGUUGCUACAUACGUCAUCCCUAAGGCUCAACCUAACUACAACUAGACAAGUAUAUAGCUAUAAUUAUAUAUGCACCAAUGUCCAAACGCCGAUUGCCAAUAUAUCUUGAACUUUGACCCACGUGUAAUCUAAGACUGCUGUCUGUGAGCUGAGACCAUCUUUAGCCCACUGUAUAUUAAAAUCAAGAAAACAAGAAGAACAUGUCUGGAAACAAGCUCAGCUACUUCAUUGUGGCCAUAACCCUGGCUAUCUUUGUGCCACAAGCACAAGCAGACACUAAUCAGGAACUGACUCCAGCUGGAGAUACAAUAUUCCUUAAUGUGGACAAGACUAAAAUCACCUUUAGAAUCACCUCAAAUGAUUCGUACUUCCGAAACCUCGUUCUGAAUGUGGUGGUCGGAACGUUUCGUGUACAUCAAGAAAGGCCUCGAGGCAAUUACACUGUUAUCUAUAACAGUUGUACAGACAGUGACCAACCCACAUCGUGGUGUAAAGAGGCACAAAUAACGCUGUGGAGAAGAGAGCACAAAUUCCAAAACAUUUCAUUUGGCCUCUACAAUGGUAUUGUAGAAGAGGAAAUUCUGUCCACAGUUCAACUCCAGCCUCCUACUACUACUGACCCCACUGACCAGACACUGACCAGGUUGACAACCACUCUUAGUAUUAUCGAUACUGGCAGUAACAAAGGAGCUCUUGAUUCUGCUUCCAUGGGACUAAUCAUUGCCGUGGCUGUUUGUCUGCUAAUCAUUGUGGCUCUAAUAUUAGCUAUGGUGGUGAUGUACAUGAAGAGGACCAAAAAUGGUUCCACUCAAGAUGUAGAGAACCAAACCCAGCCCAACUAGACGUUACUGGUGGACAGCUCACAUGACUAAGGGACUGGAGAACCCAAUAGCAUCGUUGAGUGUCAGCAAUUUCAGUGACUCAAUUGGAACUGAAGCACACGAGCAGUGAAGCCAAGUGUUGCUACCACAUCAUCCCUGAUACUGACUAACUAGUAGUUAGGUACACAUGUGUGUACGUAUAUUGCUCAGACAUCACCUCUUUUUCUGUGCAAAAUGUUAUUUGUUGUAUGGAUUAAAAUGAUAUAAUUUUAU